UGCAAUUCGUUUGUUUUUUGUUGCACACCUUACACCAACCUCCGUGGAGCUGCACCUGCAGAUUACCCCGCAUAGCCUGCCAAUCAAGAACGGCAGAGGAACGCACCUCGCCACGGCCUCCCAGGCAGCGAUAUUAUUGACCUCAUUCAUACUGUCAGUCGUCGAGAGACACCUACCAGCAGAUUCACGAUGCAAUUCUGGCCCCUUCAGCUACCAUUUUUCUCCUCGAAUAGUUCGCGCCCUGCUUUCCAUCUGCGCAUCUUAACUUUCAACAUUCGCUAUGCAACAGGCAGUCCGUUUACGAACGAGAAGCCGUGGGCCGAGCGAUUUCCGCGAGUCUUGAAUCAAAUUCAGCAUGAGACACGAUUUCUGGAUGGCACCUCCAUACCUGCUGACUCAUCACCGCAGCACUCUGCAGCAUCUAUAAUUUGCCUUCAAGAAGUGCUGCACAACCAGCUUGUCGAUCUCCUCAACUCGCUCAACGAACUUCCCUCUUCAAACGACAAGCUCGCAGACGGACCAAUCUGGGCUCACGUAGGCGUGGGUCGCGAUGAUGGCCACCAAAAAGGCGAAUACAGCCCAAUACUCUAUCCUGUGGCUGUCUUUAAUCUCUUACACACCGAAACUAUCUGGCUGAGUCCGACACCCGAGAAACCCAGUCUGGGCUGGGACGCAGGUAGUAUCCGCCUUCUGACUAUUGCCGUGCUCGAGCACAAAGUCUCAGGACGUCGUAUCUUAGCUUCGACGACACAUUUGGAUAAUGAGGGUAGUAAAAGCCGCGAGAACAGUGUGACCAUCAUACUGGAGUCCUUGAAGCGGGUGGGGAGGGACUGGUCCACCGAAGAUGAAUUGCCGGUUGUCUUGGCUGGCGACUUUAACUCGUUUCCAACUCAGGAGGCGUAUCUUGGCAUGGCAGCAAGCGACUACAUGUAUGACUUGCGCGACUCUGUGCCCGCGAGCCGCAGAUACGGAGAAGAGAUUACGUUUACAGGGUUCCAGAAGGAGAAGUGGUCUGACGAGCAGGGGAGGAUUGACUUCAUUUGGUUGGGGCCAGGAGAUGCGGUUUGCAAACAUAACCACGGCGUGAAGGAGGAGGUUGAGGGGAACUGCCAGUGGAUUGUUGAUGGGUACACGGUUUUGUCGAACGUGUUUGAUGAUGGGGUGUAUUUGAGCGAUCAUAGGUGCGUUGUUGGAGAUGUGAGGUUAUUGAACUAGGACGUCUCUCUAAGGGGUGCAAUACUGUGACAUGUCUAGAGACCCGUAUCCUGUCCAGCCUCUUCAAGUCCACUGCUAAAUUUGAUCAUCUCGAG